UCCCCGAACCCCAUUUCCCCUCCAUUAAUUACUCCCUCUCCCUCCUCUCUCUCUCUCUCUCUCUCUCUCUCUCUCCACCACCCCCAUCACCAUCGUCGUGCUCUCCCCACCUCCUCCUCUUACCCUCUUCUUCCUCUUCCUCUUCGUCUUCGUCUUCGUCGUCGUCGUCGUUGCCGUCGUCGAGUUUUCAUUGCCAUGAGCGCGACGGGAUCGCGGACGCGGCUGGGGAGGUACGAGCUCGGGAAGACGCUCGGCGAGGGGAGCUUCGCGAAGGUGAAGUUCGCGCGCAACACGCAAACGGGGGACAGCGUCGCCAUCAAGGUGCUCGACAAGAAUCAUGUCCUCCGCCACAAGAUGGUCGAACAGAUUAAAAGGGAAAUUUCGACCAUGAAACUGAUCAAGCACCCUAAUGUUGUCCAGCUUUAUGAGGUUAUGGCUAGCAAAACGAAGAUCUACAUUGUCCUUGAAUUUGUUGAUGGAGGCGAGCUUUUUGACAAGAUUGUCAACAAUGGGAGGCUAAAAGAGGAUGAAGCUAGAAGGUACUUCCAGCAACUUAUCAAUGCUGUUGAUUACUGUCAUAGUCGGGGAGUAUACCAUAGAGAUCUAAAGCCUGAAAAUCUACUUCUUGAUUCAUAUGGCGUCCUCAAGGUUUCUGACUUUGGCUUGAGUGCAUUUGCCCCACAAAUACGGGAGGAUGGGCUUCUACAUACUGCAUGCGGAACUCCCAAUUAUGUUGCACCUGAGGUCCUCAAUGACAAAGGCUAUGAUGGAACAGCUUCUGAUGUAUGGUCUUGUGGUGUGAUUUUAUUUGUCCUUAUGGCUGGAUAUUUGCCCUUUGAUGAGCCCAACAUCAUGACUUUGUAUAAAAAGAUUUGUAAGGCUAAUUUCUCGUGCCCAUUGUGGUUUUCUUCUGGUGCAAAGAAAUUAAUUAAGCGUAUUCUAGAUCCAAAUCCUCAUACGCGGAUAACGAUUCCAGAAAUACUGGAGGAUGAAUGGUUUAAGAGAGGGUAUAAACCACCAAGUUUUGAACAGGGGGAAGACGUGAGCCUGGAUGAUGUCGAAUCUGUUUUCAAUGACUCACAGGAACAUCUUGUAACAGAGAAGAAAGAGAAACCGGAAUCCAUGAAUGCUUUCGCCCUUAUUUCACGAUCACAAGGCUUCAAUCUGGGAAACUUGUUUGAGAAGCAGACGGGUUUAGUCAAGCGGGAAACAACCUUCACUUCACAAUGCCCACCUAGCGAGAUUAUGUCUAGAAUUGAGGAAGCUGCAAAGCCUCUAGGAUUCAACGUGCGCAAACACAAUUACAAGAUGAAGUUACAAGGUGACAAGACCGGAAGAAAGGGACAUUUAUCGGUGGCAACUGAGGUAUUUGAGGUGGCUCCAUCUCUUCACAUGGUUGAGCUUCGUAAAACUGGAGGGGACACAUUGGAGUUUCACAAGUUCUACAAGAAUUUUUCCACAGGAUUAAAAGAUAUCGUGUGGAAGUCUGAAGCAAUUUCAGAAGAGACAAGGUAAUAGCAUGGCAUUAUUCUUGUCCAUGCAUGGCUUAGUAGGUAGAUCUUCUGCUUUCAGAUUUAAAUGGCGGCAAUGUUGUAAAUAUUUAAUUAGAAGCAUCGAGAGCUUUUAUAUAUCGCUCCGGGAACAAAAGUUCCUCCAAUUCUUUGAGUUGCGGAUGAUGUGCAAAAUAGAGGGACAAAUCAAGUCAUAUCGUUCUCCGCUAAGAAAUCAAGUCCUAUCGUUCUCCGCUAAGUUGUUUUUCAGUAAGAAUAUUUUGUAAUAGAGAAUGUAUGAAGUUUACUUAACAACUUGUAUUAUCUUAAGACCUGAUUUCAAAGACGAUGAUAUUAAAUAAAUUGAGGAAUUUGCCUUCUUUUA